CACCCCAGUUCAUUCACACAAGCUUUCAACUAUAUGCGUUCUGGCGCGCUUUCUGCGCUCGCUGUUCUUGGCGCAGGCAUCGCCGCUUCCGCGAGUCCUAUCAGGGUCGUCGUGACCGAAGUCUCGUCCGUGCGACACGGUUAUGCUGCCGCAGACCCCAAUAGCCCCUUCUCCCCUCUCCCCCCUCCCGUAGACAACCUCUUUGCGGCGUCAGCCUUUGCCCAACCUAUUGUUGCCGCUCAAGAUGCCGAAAUAGUGAGGCCGCAGUACGUCCAUGGUAAUGGGCGCCACUUCUGCCAGUCCAUGCGUACCAAGGCCUUGGACGCAUCCAACGUGCUCCGUCAGUGGCUCGGUCUUGAGCCCAUCCAAAUCCAACACAUCCGCGUCCACCCCCUUCCGCACCACAUGGAAGGCACUCAGAUGCACGGGAUGCAGUUGAAGGAUGGCAAGAAUACACACGACUUGCCCAUCAUGCCCUUCAUCGGCACGCCUGUCAAGCCCGCCUUUGCUGAAGAUGAGGGCGCGCUCGAGCAUCACCGCGGCAGACAGGGCCGCCCCAUGUGGGUUCACCACUAUGGACAUCACCAUCUCCGUGGCUCUUUCCUCCGUCGCGUCCACCACGCCCUCAUGGCCCUCGGUCCCUGGGAGGGUCGCGCCGUUGCCUUCGUCCUUGGUUGCGGCAUUGGAGUGUUGCUGCGCAUGGUCUGGGUGAUGGUUCUCGUCACCGCCCGUGCCUUCCGUGGCUCGCGCGAUGAAGAGACCGAGUACGAGGUCGUCUUCGACGAGGCCGAGAUGCUCGUCCCACCUCCUCAGUACACCAUCUUUGAGGGCUCUGAGGUCAUCCCCGUGGACGAGAAGUCCAACAAGGAAGCCACUGCCUAGAUGCCACCUACCGCAAAUCAACUGCCCACUCCCCCUCGAAGUGUACAAUACGACCUUUAGGACCCAGACAGGUCAUCACCUACUUUCUGAUCAGCACAGGAGCACGGUUUCAGGAUCUGAUCGCGAUCCUCUGACCGGUCGCCCUAGGAAGUCCUGAAGAUUGGACUCGGACAGUUUCUUGUUGUUAUAGGCAUGUGUUCUCUUCCUACCCCUCUGUCCUCCACCUUCCCCAUGACCCCACUCUACCUACUUCCCUCCUAGCUCCUUCGAUCCGUACUUUUUACAAACCCAAUACAAACACCAUAUUGCCUCGUAUAUCCCGUGAUCCCGCGUUGCCCCCAACCUUCAUGUACUCAGAUCCCGUUACGACUCACGACCGAAUCUCUCGUUCCUUUCUCGUGCUUUAGUGUCUUACGUCUGCGUCAGCUCGCACCAUGAUCACACCCACGAUCCCAGAAAUCGGACCGACAAGCGGCUCGAGCUGCCUAUCGGAACGACCCGUGUGGUGUACGGCGCACUCAGAGAACUAGAGUGUUUUCUUGGACGUGUAAUAGUAGUCGUUGUCGAAUUGUGUGAAUCAAGUGUAUGAUGCUAUAGA